AUGGAGCCCCUGAUUCGACGCCAAUCUUCUCAGAUUCUUGGUGUCCAUUCGACACCCAUUCACAGACCUCUACAGAUGGAUAGGGCCUAUGCCCACAGUGUCAGCGGAGGAGCAGGGGGCCAUGGGACCAGGAUCUCCACGGCCUAUGGCAUGCGGAUUGGCAGCAACUUUGGAGGAGGGUAUGACUACCAAUCCUUGUCCUCUGGGUCCACUUCUGGAUCCCUUGCCAUCACCAACGAGAAAACAACCAUGCAGCACUUGAAUGACCGCCUAGCUAGCUACCUGGAGACGGUGAGGAAUCUGGAGAAGGCCAACAGCCAUCUUGAGAUCAAGAUCAGAGAGGCCAUUGAGAACAAAGGCCCCUUGGAGGGAAGGGACUACAGCAAGUUCAAUGCCAUCAUCACGGAGCUAAGGGCCAAGAUAUUCGACAUGGUGAAGGGCAACGCACACCUUGCCAUCAACCUUGACAAUGCAACCCUGGCUUCAGAGGACUUCAGAGUCAAGAUGGAGUAUGAGAUGUCCAUGCGUCAAACAGUGGAGGCUGAUGUGGCCAGACUGAGGAAGCUUCUGGAUGACACUAACGUUAUCCGCAUGCAUCUGGAGAGUGACAUCGAGUCUCUGAAGGAAGAGUUGAUCAACCUGAAGAAGAACCAUGAGACGGAUGUUGCUGAAUUGCGUGCCCAGAUCAGCCAGUUUGGUGUCCAUGUGGAUGUUGAUGCUCCAAAAGGACAGGACCUGGCCAGGAUCAUGGAGGAGAUGAGGGCCAAGUAUGAGAAGAUUGCGCUGAGGAACCAGGAGGAGCUCAAAGCAUGGCAUGAAUCUCAGAUCACUGAGGUGCAGGUCCAAGUAACUGAGAGCACAACCGCUCUGAAGGAAGCCACAACUGUGAUGUCUGAUACUAGGAGGAGGUAUCAGCAACUAGACAUUGAACUGCAGUCUGCGUUAAGCCUGAAAGCGUCCCUGGAGGCCACCCUGCGUGACAUCGAGAUGCGUUACAACAUGGAGAUAGAGAAGUACAACGCAGUCAUUCUGAGGCUGCAGGAGGAGCUCACUCAGAUCCGCAAUGACAUCCAGCACAACACAAGAGAGUACGAACACCUGCUCAACAUCAAGGUGAAACUGGAGGCCGAGAUCGCCGAGUACAGGAGGCUGCUGGACGGACAGGGAGACUUUAAACUGGAGGAUGCAGUUGAUUCGAAGCUGGUCCAGACCAAAGUGGUGACAGUCACUCAGACUCUUGUGGAUGGCAAAGUGGUGUCAGAGAGCAAGGAUGUCAAAUCCAGUGAAAAGCUUGCUGCCAAUUAAAACCCGGGGCAAAGAAGAACCCAAAAACCUGUUGUGACAAAAA